AUGCCAAAAUCACCUGCGAAUGGUCGUCGCGGGGGCAGUGGUGUCCGUCCCGGUGACCCCGUGCCUUAUAAGGCCAAACGGAGAUAUCGGCCAGGAACUGUCGCGUUGCGGGAGAUUAGACACUUCCAAAACAAUACGAAGCUACUUCUUCUUAAACUCCCAUUUGCAAGGCUAGUUCGCGAAAUUGCACUGUCAUUCGUGCCGAGAGAUCAAGAGCUGAGAUGGCAAUCUCAGGCCAUAAUGGCCCUUCAAGAAGCAGCCGAAGCGUUUCUUGUCCAUCUUUUCGAGGAUACAAAUCUAUGCGCGAUACACGCGAAAAGGGUCACCAUAAUGCAAAAGGAUAUCCAGCUUGCAAGGAGAAUUCGUGGAGCCUGGGGCGGCCUCGGAUGA